CUCCCCAUAGCCACCACAGGCGUUCAGAAUGGCCAACAGGGGACCUGCAUAUGGCCUGAGCCGGGAGGUACAACAGAAGAUUGAGAAACAGUAUGACGCCGACCUGGAGCAGAUCCUGAUCCAGUGGAUCACCACCCAGUGCCGCAAGGAUGUGGGCCGGCCCCAGCCUGGGCGUGAGAACUUCCAGAACUGGCUCAAGGAUGGCACGGUGCUGUGUGAGCUCAUCAAUGGGCUGUACCCCGAGGGGCAGGCCCCAGUGAAGAAGAUCCAGGCCUCCACCAUGGCCUUCAAGCAGAUGGAGCAGAUCUCUCAGUUCCUUCAGGCAGCUGAGCGCUAUGGCAUCAACACCACUGACAUCUUUCAAACUGUGGAUCUCUGGGAAGGAAAGAACAUGGCCUGUGUACAGCGGACACUGAUGAAUCUGGGUGGGCUGGCUGUGGCCCGGGACGAUGGGCUCUUCUCUGGGGAUCCCAACUGGUUUCCUAAGAAAUCCAAGGAGAACCCUCGGAACUUCUCAGACAACCAGCUUCAAGAGGGCAAGAAUGUGAUCGGGUUACAGAUGGGAACCAACCGCGGGGCAUCUCAGGCAGGCAUGACUGGCUAUGGGAUGCCACGCCAGAUCCUCUGAUUCUGCCCGCCCUGCCCGCCCUCCCAAUGAAUGGUUAAUAUAUAUUAUAUAUGUGUUAGCAGUGACAUUCCCUGAGAGCCCCCAGAGCUCUCAAGCUCCUCUCUGCCAGGGUGGGGACCCAAGCUCUCCUGUCACCUGUGGGGGUGCCUGAUGGAGCCUCUCCCCCUGUGCUUACUAAUACAUUCCUCCCCCACACCCAUCAAAACUGGACCAACUUUUCCCCUCGGACCAAAAUUUGGGAGGUCUUGGCCUUCCACUCCCUACCCUGCCUGUCCUCUUUGGCCUCUCCUGACCCUGAGCUCUGUGCUCUCAGUGGUCCUCGGCCUAGAGUUAGAAAUGCUGCCUUCUGGCCUGAUGUUGGACUGAUCUUCCUUCCACAAGUAUGCCUGUCCUGCAGCUGCGGCUGCAGGGACUUAAUUUAUAGGGAGGGGCCUGUGGCGACUGCCACUCCAGCCACAGCUGUGCUGUAUUCACCACACAUCUGGGGCAGCCUUCCCUGG